AUGAAUAUAGAAUGUAUUUAUUGCAAUGCACUUCAUUGGCAAGAUGAAUAUUUGAUGCAUUCUUCAAUAAAAAACCCUAAAUUUGGUUUAGGUUGCCAGCAAGGAAAAAUUAAACUUCCUCUUCUUAAUAAUCCUCUGCUUACUCUUCAACAUCUUUUUGAAAGCAGUAAUGAAAAUGCUAAAGAAUUUCGUGCAAACAUUCAUCAAUACAAUGCUGCACAUGCAUUUACAUCAUUAGAUGUUACAAUUGAUCAAACUGUACUCCAAGGACAUGGUUCAUAUUGCUUUCGUGUUAAUAGAGAACUAUGUCACUUAUCUAGCCUACUCAUCCCUACUGAUAAUAAUGAACCUGCUUAUGCACAACUUUAUAUCUAUGAUGCUGCACUUGCAUAUCUAAUACAAAUAAACUCUUAUGCAAAUAACACCUCUACUGCAAACUUAACUAUUUAUCUACAUUACAAUAAUGCAAUAGAUAGACACUGCUAUAAUCUUCCAACAAUAGAUAAAAUAGCUAUUAUUUUGCCCAGUAAUGGAUCUAUACCAAAAGCAAUGCAUGAUAUAGAUUUUUUUUCUUUUCGUCUUUUUGCAUGUCAUAAUGAAUUUUCAACAAUCCUUCGAGAAGAUAUACUACAUGCUGAUCUUUAUCAAGGUUUAGCAGAUGUUGCAGGAAGUAUUGCAAAUGGUGAACUAUCACUUAAUAAUCUUAGUCAUUGGACUCAAUGGCCAUUACCUAAUUCUAUAAUCAUUCUGAUAUAUUUGGAACUAUGA